UUCCCUCCAUUGACCAAUAGUGGCCGCUGUCAGUCGUCAGCCUAUCACCACUCUCGCAACCUCCCAGAUGGAAUCUGUCACCUGACUCGGUUCAAACAUGGCUGCGCUGAGAUCUCUCUUUCUUUGGGCGCCAGGAGCAGGAGGUGCCCCACGAAAACUGACAAUGUGUUCUGCGUAAUUCAUCCCUUUCCGUCUCCCUGCACUCUGUGCUGGGAAAAUGCACCAUCCAUUUGGAAAAGAGGAAACCGCUUCCCAGAAGGAGCUUUUUGGAUUUUUCUGUGAGUGUCUUCGCAGAGGAGAAUGGGAGCUGGCACAGGCGUGUGUACCUCAGCUACACGAGGCACAAGGGGAUAUCCCAAAGAAAGUGGAAGAUAUACUUCAGGCGCUGGUGGUGUGUCCAGAUCAGCUGAGAUGUGGACAAGACAUCAAUCCUCAGCGAUUAGCCUGGGUCUGGCUUCUUGUACUGGAAAAAUGGUUGGCCCAAGAAAAGAAGUUACUCCCAACUGUUUUCCGGAGAAAGCUUGAGUUUCUUUUAUUGUCAGAAGACCUCCAAAGUGACAUUCCAGAGGACAUCCUCAAGGAGCUAUGUGAGGCUUUAUCACAAGACUCGGUAGACCCUGUGCUUGAUGGAAAUCAGAGGCGAGAGAGCUGGACCCUCCAGCUCAGCUCAGAAGCUGUCUCUGUGCUCUGGGACCUUCUGAGGCAGGCCCCCCAGCCAGUGCAGGCUCUGCUGGAGCUCCUGCUUAGGGAGGACAAUGGCACUGGCCUCUGUGGCUGGCCUCUGCAAAAGGCACUGGUGGACCUCAUUCGAAAAGCACUGGGAGCUUUGAAGGGCCCUGCUGCUGGGCCCCCUGGGGAAGCAGAUGCCAUCUAUGGAGCCCUGCGGAUUCUGCAUUGCCCUGCAGAGCCACUCGGGGUUGAGCUGCGUCUCCUAUGUGAAGAACUGCUGGAGGCCUGCAAGACUGAAGGCAGUCCCCUGCAGGAGGAGCAGCUGCUCAGCUGCCUGCUACAUAAGGACGGAUGUGGACUGGUAUCCCUGUAUGGCCAUACCUAUGCAGAGAAGACCCCAGAAAAGCCACCGAAGGCCACAUCCUCGGGAAAAGCCUCACCGGACCAUCUAGAUCCCGAGCGGGCAAUGCUAGCCUUAUUCUCCAAUCCUGAUCCAGCCCAGGCUUGGAAAUCGGCCUGUUUCUACUGCCUGAGCAACAGCAAGCACUUCCUUGAACAGAUCCUGGUGACAGCACUAGCGCUGUUGAAAGAGGAAGACUUCCCAAGUCUUGGCUGUCUGCUAGAUAGGGAAUUCAGGCCUCUCAGUCGACUGCUUGCACUCCUGGGCUGGACACACUGCCAGAGCCUAGUGUCAGCCAAGAGGCUGCUCCAGACACUCCACAGGACCCAGGACCACAGCUGCGACAAGCUCCUCAGAGAUGCCUGUGAUGGGCUGUGGGCUCACCUGGAGGUCCUGGAGUGGUGUGUACAGCAGAGCAGUAACCUCAUACCAAAGAGAGAUCUCUUGUGUCAUUUACAUGGUGGAGGCAGCCACUCAGUGCUCUACUCUCUCCAUCACCUUACAAACCUUCCAGCCCUUAGGGAGGAAGAUGUUCUCCAGCUCUUACAGAAGGUGCCAGCCAAGGACCCCCAGCAAGAGCAUGCUGAUACCCCAGUCCCUGAGCACCUGAGCCAGUGUCAGAACCUGACACUCUACCAGAGCUUCUGUGCCAUGAAGUAUGCCAUCUAUGCCCUCUGUGUGAACUCACACCAGCACACCCAGUGCCAGGAAUGCAAAGACAGUCUCUCUGAGGACCUGGCCUUGGCUGUGGAGUCAGUGAAUGAUUCUGUCUCCUCCUCAGGUGCUUCGAAUCUCUUCUCAACAUACCUGGCUAGGUGUCAGCAGUAUCUGUGCAGCAUUCCUGACUCUUUGUGCCUGGAACUUCUAGAAAACAUCUUCUCAUUGCUCCUCAUCACCUCUGCCGAUCUUCACCCAGAGCCUCACUUGCCUGAGGACUAUGCUGAGGAGGAUGAUGUUGAGGGGAAGAGCCCUUUGGGUUUGAGGUCCCCAUCAGAGAGCCCUCAGCACAUAGCACAGCCAGAGAAGAAGUCAGAACAGGGUUCCCAGGGAGUCCCCAAGAGUUUUGCUUAUACAAUUCCUAGCCGUAUGAAGACAGAGCCAAAAGACAGUUCACCAGGGCCUCACGGGCAUAGCUUUUUGGACCUAAAGCACUUUACUAGUGGUAUCAGUGGGUUUCUGGCUGACGAAUUUGCAAUAGGGGCCUUCCUCAAGCUUCUCCAGGAGCAGCUGGAUGAGCUCAGCAGCCACACACCCCCUGAGGAGCCAAAGCUGCCAGAAGGCCAGAGCUGCUCCGGAAGCAGAGAUGGACUGCAGAGCCGCUUACACCGGUUUUCCAAGAUUCUUUCUGAGGCCCAGUGGAGAUACAAGGUUGUAACGAGCAACCAGGGCUCAGAGGAACAAACUUCCCGAAGAUACCGGCCUGUUGCCACACGGCACCCUAGUCUCCGCCGGGGUCGUCGGACACGAAGGAGCCGGGCAGAUGGCCGGGACAGAAGUUCCAAUCCAUCCCUGGAAAGUACAAGCAGUGAGCUGAGCACAAGUACUUCAGAGGGAAGUCUGAACACUAUGUCUGGAAAGAAUGAGCUAGAUGGCCGGUUGCAACCCCAAACUCAAAGUUCACUCAUCCCCAUGAUGUUCUCCCCACCUGAGUCACUGCUGGCAUCCUGCAUUCUCCGGGGGAACUUCGCAGAAGCCCGUCAGGUGGUGUUCAUGUUCAACCUGAAGUCCUCGCCCAGCUCAGGGGAACUAAUGUUCAUGGAGUGCUACCAGGAAGUGAUCCAGGAGCUGGCCCGGGUAGAGCACAAGAUUGAAAACCAGAACUCAGAUGGGGGUAGCAGCACCAUUCGAAGAACAGGGAGUGGCCGCUCAACUCUACAGGCCAUUGGCAGCGCUGCGGCAGCAGGGAUGGUAUUUUACUCCAUCUCUGAUGUGACCGACAAGCUGCUCAGCCCUUCUGGAGACCCCAUCCCCACGCUGCAGGAGGACUUUUGGAUAAGCAGUACCCUGGUGGAGCCCACUGAUCCCCUGAGAGAGGUUCUAGAAGACCUUAGUUCCCCUGCCAUGGCUGCGUUUGACCUAGCUUGCUCUCAGUGCCAGCUCUGGAAAACCUGCAAGCAGCUCUUGGAAACAGCUGAACGACGUCUGAACAGUAGCCUGGAGAGCCGGGGUCGACGGCUAGACCAUGUAUUCCUCAAUGCUGAUGGCAUUCGAGGUUUCCCAGUUGUUCUUCAGCAAAUCAGUAAGAUUCUCAAUUAUUCACUUACGUCAGCUGGACAGACUAAAUCAGAGAGUGUAGAAGAAAAAGGGGGAGGGCCUCCACGGUGCAGCAUUGCUGAGCUGCUUCAGAUGUGCUGGCCCAGCCUCACUGAGGACUGUGCUGCCAGCCAUGCCACCCUUUCCCAGCAGCUGGAUCAGAUCCUUCAGUCACUGAGAGAGGCGCUAGAACUGCCAGAGCCCAGGAGUACGCCACUGUCCUCCCUGGUGGAGCAGGUGGCCCAGAAAGCUCCGGAGGCAGAGGCCCACCCUGUGCACAUCCAGACUCAGCUUCUCCAGAAGAACCUGGGCAAACAGACCCCGGCAGGCAGCAGGCAGACUGACUACAUGGGCACCUUCUUCAGUUACUGCAGCACCCUGGCUGCAGUUCUUCUUCAGAGUUUGCACUCUGAGCCUGAUCACGUGGAGGUCAAGGUAGGAAAUCCCUUUGUUCUGUUGCAACAGAGCUCUUCCCAGCUGGUGUCACACCUCCUGCUUGACCGACAAGUUCCCCCAGACAGGCUAGCAGCCCUUCUGGCCCAAGAGGGCCUCAGCCUGAGUGUGCCACAGGUCAUCGUCAACUGCUGCUGUGAGCCCCUUGUCCUUUGCUCUUCCCUGCAAAGCCAGCAGACAUCAUCUCUUCUGACUCACCUGGACAUCCUGGCCCAGCAGCACACCUCUCACUGCCUGGAGGACCUCCCACUUCCUAUGCAGAGCUCCCCAAAGCCAACUGAGAACACCACAUCAGAGAGAAAGCCCCGCUCCUCCCCAAGGGAUUCGUCACUCCCAGCCCUCACCUCCUCUGCCUUGGCCUUCCUAAAGUCCCGCUCAAAGUUGCUGGCUACAGUGGUCUGUCUGGGGGCUUCCCGGGGAUCAAAGGUCACCAAGCCCAGCUUGUCAUGGAAAGAGUUUCGUGGCCGCAGAGAGGCGCCUCUGACUGCAGAACAGGUAGCCCGGGAGUGUGAGCGCCUCCUGGAACAGUUCCCUAUGCUUGAGGCCUCCCUCCUGGCUGCCUGGGAGCCCCUUCGAGGGUCCUCUAAGCAGGGACCGAGUUUAGCAGCAAGUCUUUGUGGCCAGGCCAGUCUCUCUACUGUCCUUCUGGGCCUGCAUUCUCCCAUUGCCUUGGAUGUGCUCACUGAGGCCUUCAAGGAAGCCCUGGUGGCCAAAGAUUGGCCCCGGGCCCUUCAGCUCACUGAAGUGUACGGGCGAGACGUGGAUGACUUGAGCAAUAUACAGGAUGCAGUCCUGAGCUGUGCUGCGGCAUGUGACAAAGAAGGUUGGCAGUUCCUGUUUCCUGUGAAGGAUUCCUCUCUAAGAAGUCGGCUAACCCUACAGUUUGUGGACAGGUGGCCCCUGGAGUCAUGCUUGGAGAUCCUGGCCUACUGCAUUUCAGAUACAGCUGUCCAAGAUGGACUCAAGUAUGAGCUACAGAGAAAGCUGGCGGAGCUGCAGGUGUAUCAGAAGAUUCUAGGUUUGCAGCCUACCCCAGUGUGGUGUGACUGGCAGACCCUGAGGAGCUGUUGUGUGGAGGACCCAUCAACUGUCAUGAAUAUGAUUCUAGAAGCAAAGGAGUAUGGACUGUGUGAGGAGUGGGGCGGCCUGUACCCCAUUUCAAGAGAACAUUUAAUCGGCCUACAUCAAAAACAUCUUCUUCACCUUUUAGAAAGAGGAGAUCAUGAAAAGGCUCUGCAACUCCUGCAAAGAAUUCCUGACCCCUCCAUGUGCCUUGAGGUCACAGAGCAAUCCCUUGACCAGCACCCUAGCUUGGCCACUUCUCACUUCUUGGCCAACUACCUCACCACUCACUUUUAUGGAAAACUGACUGCUGUCCGACACCGUGAAAUCCAGGCUCUGUACAUGGGAUCCAAGGUCCUGCUGACCCUGCCUGAGCAGCACCGGGCCAACUAUUCCCACUUGUCCUCUAACCCCCUGCUCAUGCUGGAGCAGCUGCUCAUGAACAUGAAAGUGGAUUGGGCCACUGUGGCUGUGCAGACUCUGCACCAGCUGUUGGCCGGGCAGGAGAUCAUCUUCACCAUGGGUGAGGUCGACUCACUGCUUUCCAGAUAUGCGGGGAAAGCACUCGACUUCCCGUACCCAUUGAGGGAGAAACGAUCAGGUUCUGUGAUUCACCUCCAGGAAAUUGUCAGUCAGACUUCAGACCUCGAGACCUUGUCUAGAUCACCAUCAGCAGAGUUCCCUUCUGCUGCUGCUCCUGGUGUUUCCAUUGUACAUUCCCCCAGUCCAAGAGAGAGAAGUGUCCCACAGAAUCAACCUCCACUGGAGUUUGUGCCCCCAGCAACACCCCCUGCCAGGCACCAGUGGGUACCAGAUGAGAGUGAGAGCGUCUGCAUGGUAUGCCGCAGGGAGCACUUCACCAUGUUUAACAGACGUCAUCAUUGUCGCCGCUGUGGCCGGCUAGUAUGCAGUUCCUGCUCCACUAAGAAAAUGAUUGUAGAAGGCUGCAGAGAGAACCCUACUCGCGUGUGUGACCAGUGCUAUAGUUACUACAACAAAGAUGUGCCAGAGGAUAAUCCAGCACAGCCAGAAGCACCAGAUAGUUCCCAGAGUGAAACUCCACCAUACUCGGCUGUAGUGAGAGUCCCCAAAGCACCUGCGGUGGAAUGGAUUUUGGACCUGAAUGAGGAAGAAAAUGAGCUGGUGCGGAAUGAAUUUUACUACGAGCAGGCACCCAGUGCUUCCUUGUGCAUUGCCAUCCUGAAUCUGCACCGGGACAGCAUCACCUGUGGCCACCAGCUGAUCGAACACUGCUGCAGGCUGUCCCAGGGCCUUACCAACCCAGAGGUGGAUGCAGGGCUGCUCACAGACAUCAUGAAGCAGCUGCUCUUCAGUGCAAAGAUGAUGUUUGUCAAGACCGGCCAGAGCCAGGACCUGGCUCUUUGUGACAGCUACAUCAGCAAGGUAGAUGUACUGAAUAUUUUAGUUUCUGCUGCCUAUCGCCACGUGCCAUCUCUGGAUCAGAUCUUGCAGCCGGCUGCAGUAACCAGGCUAAGGAACCAGCUUUUGGAAGCUGAGUACUACCAACUGGGCGUUGAGGUCUCCACAAAGACUGGGCUCGAUACCAGUGGGGCGUGGCAUGCUUGGGGCAUGGCCUGCCUCAAAGCUGGGAACCUCACUGCUGCACGGGAGAAGUUCAGCCGCUGUCUGAAGCCCCCUUUUGACCUCAAUCAGCUGAGUCAUGGCUCAAGACUGGUACAGGAUGUGGUCGAGUACCUGGAGUCUGCAGCAAGGCCACUCCUAUCCCUGCAAGACGACGAGUACUUGGCCACUUUGAAAGAGCUGGAAACUACCCUUCGGACCCACAGCCUCUCUCUGGAAGUGAUUCCUGAAGGGAAGAUAAUGAACAACACUUACUACCAAGAAUGCCUCUUCUACCUGCAUAACUAUAGCACCAACCUGGCCAUCAUCAGCUUCUAUGUGAGACACAGCUGCCUGCGGGAAGCUCUGCUGCACCUCCUCAACAAGGAGAGUCCUCCAGAAGUCUUCAUAGAAGGCGUUUUCCAGCCAAGCUAUAAAAGUGGGAAGCUACAUGUUUUGGAAAACUUGCUAGAAUCCAUUGAUCCCACCUUAGAGUGCUGGGGAGAGUACUUGCUUGCUGCCUGCCAACAUUUACAGAAGAAGAACUACUACCACAUUCUGUAUGAGCUGCAGCAGUUUAUGAAGGACCAAGUCCGGGCCGCCAUGACCUGUAUUCGGUUCUUCAGUCACAAAGCAAAGACAUAUACAGAACUGGGAGAGAAGCUCUCGUGGCUGCUUAAGGCCAAGGAUCACCUGAAGAUCUACCUCCAAGAAACCUCACGCAGCUCUAGAAAGAAGAAAACCACCUUCUUCCGAAAGAAGAUGACUACAGCAGAUGUGUCAAGGCACAUGAACACACUUCAGCUGCAGAUGGAAGUGACUAGGUUCUUACAUCGGUGUGAAAGUGCUGGGACCUCUCAAAUCACCACCUUGCCUCUGCCAACCCUGUUUGGAAAUAACCACAUGAAAAUGGAUGUUGCCUGCAAGGUCAUGCUAGGAGGGAAAAAUGUAGAAGAUGGUUUUGGAAUUGCGUUCCGUGUUCUGCAGGACUUUCAGCUGGAUGCUGCCGCGACCUACUGCAGAACUGCUCGGCAGUUGGUGGAGAAGGAGAAAUACAGUGAGAUCCGACAACUGCUCAAAUGUGUCAGUGAGUCAGGCAUGGCAGCCAAAAGUGACGGAGACACCAUCCUCCUCAACUGCUUAGAAGCUUUCAAGAGAAUUCCAUCCCAGGAGCUGGAGGGCCUGAUCCAGGCAAUACACAAUGAUGACAACAAGGUUCAGGCCUACCUGACAUGUUGCAAGCUACGUUCUGCCUACCUGAUUGCUGUGAAGCAAGAACACUCACGGGCCACAGUUCUUGUCCAGCAGGUGCAGCAGGCUGCCAAGAGCAGUGGGGAUGCUGUAGUGCAAGACAUCUGUGCCCAGUGGCUUCUGACAAGCCACACCCGGGGUGCCCAUGGCUCAGGCUCCAGGAAGUGAUCGUGGACAGCAGGGCCUGAGAACUGUGGGACAGAAAUGAUGGAGAUGCUGUCCACUUUUUUCCUGUGUAGUAAGACCUUCCUUGCUCUGCCCAAGUUGGAAAGAGCUGGAUUGGAUCCUACUUGCCGUCUUGAGCAAGGACAGGACCUUUCACGCAAGUGCCAUGUUUCUGUAAAAUUGUGGAAUCUGUGUGUGUCUAUCUGGAGAUGGCCAGUUCUUUCUACCUCAGAGUGAGUGAGUGUAUGUGCACAAUCCUGUGCACUCAUGUUUACACCCAAGCAUUUCCGAACAAAUGAAACUCUUCUACUGAAAAGAGGCACUUUAUUUUAGACUUCUGCCGAUCUGAAAACUUUCCCCGCACUUUGGUUAGAACCCAGGCCAUCCCAUUUGUGCACAGCUCCUCCGUGUGGAGAUGUUCCAGCAGCUCCUCAUAGCUAGGAGAGUUUACAGAGAAUUACAGAGCAGUGACAGAAGGAUCACCUCUUUUCUCUUCCUUCCCUUCCCAAAAUUCAGAGACAGCUUUGGGGCACGUGCUACCUAUGGAUUAAAACUGCUCCAGGUGUCUCCUCUCACAAGCACAAGGAGUUAUCAUGAGUCCUUGGAUGGUAGUCUAAUCAGAAGGGUCCUCCGGUGCUGGCCUCCAGGAGCUAUGGGUAUACAUACAAGUGAUGGUGUCUGGAACCCCAGACACGGGUGAGAUGGGCACCAUCGAAUUCAUCCAGCAGGGAGAGAAAGGUGAGCCUUUCCAAACAGGAAUGCAAGGGAGUUGCUUGCAAGCACAGAGCUGGCUUUUGUGAAUAUCCCUGCUGCAAAAUGAGAGAAUGUGGCUCUCUCUGUGAGAGUCUGGGGAGAAAAAUGGAUGCAGGAUCUUAAGAUGAAUGGCUAGACUUUGCCUAUUUUGUUACAGUCCCAUUUGUGCCCCUUAAAUUGGUUAGGAAACCACUUCUUCUCUUCUGCUUCUCUUCAGAACUGAUGGAUGGAUAUGCAGAGAGCCACAGUCAUUGAGAAGACAGUGUAGUUCUUAUCUUGACAGAGGGAGUCAAGGGUUUGCUUUGGAGGUGGGCCUGUGGACAAGAGUAAGAGGAGGGGAUGCUGAAUAGGUCCCAUCCAGUUGGUGAAACUAGGUGGCGUGCUCCUUUAGUGUGCACUGGCUUGUCUUCCCACCGGAGAUGUGAUGUUUUAGAAAGGGUCUGUCAUACUCAGUGACUUGGAUUUCCAAAAAAAGGGACCAAGAAAAGCUCCGCAGCUCUGAGCCUCUCACCAGCCAGAGCUCAGCCUGUUGAUCUCACAUUUGCUGCUGAUACAAAUAAGAACUACAGGCCGAAGUCAGUGUCUCUGGUGCUUAGAAUCCCAUGGAUUUCUUUCUGAGCCAGGUUUUUGAUAGUAAAAUAAACAACUAUUAUGGGCACCCAUCAGAUUCAAAGCUUUGGUCCUAUUAGAGAAUGAAAAGACUGCAAAGAAAAUACUAGAUCCCUUUUGACAAGUGGCUUUUCCUUCUUCGAGUUAUAGAAUGUUUCUGUCUCUUAGGAAAUGUUAUUCCCUGGUAUCUGCUUGCCCUUCUGACUCUGCCCUUUUUGCACUGAACAUAGCACUUUACAAGAAUGGUUCGCAGAUCUUGCAGCCCUUAAUUUGGGAUAUUAAACCAAAUUUUCCUGACUUUUUCCUUUAACUCGUUGAACUUUAAAAUAGACAACCAUUGCCUAGACUGACAUAAGAUGAGGCUAAAGGCCUUUGAGCAUCACACUGUGGUCUCCAGGAAAAAAAAAAAAAAACUCUAAUGCACAUGUCGAAAGGUUGAAUGUUUUACUACAAGCAGCCACAAUAAAGUCUCUGCCCUACCGCUC